AAAGAAAAGAAAAGCCCUGGCUCUCACACCCGGACGCAGCCCCGACCAGCGACCAACCAACCCACCCUCUCGAUUCAUCUUUCCGUGCCCAUAUCCGGCUCCGUUUUGUCGGAACACAACUUGCGUUAUUGGAUUGGUUCUCAGUCAGCCGGAGGCCACCUUGUCUCUGUCUAAACUGUUUCAGUCGCAUUUCCAGCCGUUAAAAGCCUGUCUUGCCGCCGUCUCGCUCUUUUGCUUACUUGUUUUAACCUUCGUUUCCUUUUCAUUGUGAUCCAGGUUGAAGUUAAGAAAGAAUAAGUGAAGAGCAGGAUUUUGUGGCUUACAUUAAUUAGCAUUAGAUACCUUUGAAUAAAAGUGUUCAUAGAUGGCGUUGAGGCGUAUGCUUGGCUGGUCAGAGGGUGAAUUGAUGAGAUCAGAUGCAAAGCCUUGUUCCAGAUUAAUGAGACAGACGGCUGGGAUUUUUACUGUUGGAGGAGCUCUAGGAUUUUGGGUUCUUUGUAGAUUGCAUUAUGGCCCUAGAAUUACUGUUCCAAGAAGUCUUCGGUGGGCUGCCUGUGGAGCUGUGUCUGUCAGCUCAACAUCUGCUUUGUUGGUUCGGCUAUUCAGCCCUGAAUGUGAACCCCAAAAUAUAGCUGCUUAUGACAAGUAAGGUGUCUAACGGCAGUCGAAAUCCAUUGAUUUACCAGUACUCUAGCACUGUCUUUUGUUUCUUGUAUGAUUGUGGGAUAUUUGCUAUCUCCUUGUUUAUCAAUUUGGUAGUACAUGAUGGAUCAUAAACACUCUAGUGGUUGCUUCUUGUAUGCUUUCCUGCCAUUUGCUGCAAGGAUAAACCAUCUUUUGAGUUAAAUUAUCAAUUUCAAAAGCUAAAAACGCUA